CGCUGUCAAAACAGCGUAGCAGUGGUACAGGUAGCGCAGACUCGAGUCGAGAGAGCGCGCGGCAAGCGUUCGCCCGCCAGUCUAUGUAGCGGAUCGCCGCAACUUGCACGCGCUCUCGCUGUGUUCCUCUAGUCUACUCAUCGCUCCGCAGUCUCUCCGCUAUCGGUCCCCCUGCGCGCCAACGUUCUUUCUGCUGUGCAAGAUUGCGCGCGCGCGCUCCACAUUCCACAGUUUGCUGCAGUUGUGCGUGAUUUUUCUGGUUUUUUGAAGUACUCCAGGCCGAUCACGAGCUGGGUACUGCUCCUGACUGCGCUCAAUAUCCUACAGAGAGAAAGUCAAUCCAGCCAAAGAGAGCGACUGUGACAUUCCAGAGCAGCAGACUCGGCCAAAGAGCUGAAGGAGGCCGGCGGACCGAGCGAGUGGAGGCGAGCAUGUCCGCGGUGGAGAGUGCCCUCGAGGUUCUGUCCAGGGCCGCCACGAUGGUUCAAGAGGAGCGGCCGAAGGGCGCGCCGGGCCUGCAGCGCAAGCCGAGCAGCGCCUGGCGCCGGGAGCGCAGGCGCGACCCCAUCCAGAGCGAGGCGCUGGACAUGAGCAGCGGCGCGGCGGCGCGGCAGCCCGGCGCCCGGCCCAGCGUGAUCGUGCCGGUGACGAGCGCCGCGCCGCAGGCCGCGCCGGGCCUGCUCUCGCCCGGCGGCGGGCCCGCGGCGGCGCCGCCGGCCGACCCGGCCGACGCGGCGGCGGCCACGCCGGCGGGGGGCGCGCGCGGCCAGCGGCGCGCGGGCGUGCGCAGCGCCGGGGUGCCCAGCGACCCGGCCAUCGACGAGCACUUCAAACGCUCGCUCGGCCUCAAGGAGUACGCGGCCGUGUUCGACGCCAGCGGUCGGCCCAACGCCGCCGCCGACAAGGAGCCCGGCCUCACAGUGGACGACCACUUCGCCAAGGCGCUCGGCGAGACCUGGACGAGGCUGCAGGCCACCAGCCGCGGCAAGCAGUCCACGUAACUCGGCGGCGCGUCGCCCGCCUCCUGUAAAUUGCGGCCUCGCACCUCGCGACAUCUCCA